UUCAAAGACGGUAAAAUUCAUUCGAUUUCACUCGCAGUUUAACUUCAGAUAAUACUUUAUAGACUAACCACAAUGUUUUUAAAGUUCUCUCUGUCGUUUCUGUUUUUUAUCCUAACGGUUAGCUGUAUGCAUACAGGCCAACCUGAAGGGAAAACCGAACCUGACGCAUUAGGUUCAGCUGUACUUGAAAAGAAAUCUGAAGUCACACCGGAGGAUUUAAUGCUAAUAGAUGAGGCGUUCGUGAGUAUAAGAAAAUACGUGGAAAAUGAAUACGUCGACCACUUUACAGAUGAUAAUAUUGGACUUUUUGAAUAUUACUUUUACAUGGGCGACAACGUUGAAGAGUGGGUUUUUAUAAGAUCAUACUUCGAGAGCUAUGUGCAAGGAAAUAUGCCAGUUUAUUUUUCCAUAUCAUUGAAAAAAUUUCGUGAUCUUUUUAAAAUACAUUGUGAAAAAUUAGGAGUGCCUGUUGCAAAAAUUGCUGAACAAAGAAAAGCCGCAAUGGAUGAAAAGGAAAAAAACCGUACUGAUCCCGAAAGUAAAUUGGAUGAUUACAUCUUUAAUCAAUCAGAACCUAUGGAUCGUUCAGGCGCAGAUUUCUGAAAAAUUUCAUUCUAAAAAUUUAAUUAAUAAGUCUAAUAAUGUUAUAAUUUUUU